ACUUGCAUCACAUAAUCGAGAAACCACCAGAUCGGAAGGCAAAGAAAAAAAUCCUGUUAUCUUGAUCGACCCGACCCAUCGUAUCACUUUCACAUAAACCAAAGUUUUGACAAUGUCAGGGUCCGCGAUUGUCGGAAAUGCAAGCUCUUGGUCGCGUGCGUUGGUUAAGAUCUCUCCUUACACAUUCUCCGCCGUUGGUAUCGCGGUGGCCAUCGGUGUCUCGGUCCUCGGCGCCGCCUGGGGGAUUUAUAUUACUGGAAGUAGUUUGAUUGGAGCUGCGAUUAAAGCUCCUCGCAUCACUUCUAAAAAUCUCAUCAGUGUAAUCUUUUGUGAGGCUGUUGCUAUAUAUGGAGUCAUUGUGGCAAUUAUUUUACAAACCAAGUUAGAGAGUGUUCCCAGUUCUCAGAUAUAUGCUCCAGAGUCUCUCAGAGCUGGAUAUGCAAUUUUUGCUUCUGGGAUUAUUGUUGGCUUUGCAAACCUUGUCUGUGGGUUGUGUGUAGGAAUAAUUGGAAGCAGUUGUGCACUAUCUGAUGCUCAAAACUCCUCACUUUUUGUGAAAAUUCUUGUGAUUGAGAUCUUUGGUAGUGCACUUGGGUUGUUUGGAGUGAUUGUGGGAAUAAUUAUGUCAGCUCAAGCGACAUGGCCGGCUAAAGCUGUGUAAUUGUUGUUCUUACCAGAUCAUGAUGCUGAAGUACAAUAUAUUUUUAUAUAUGCAAAAUGAAUUAUUGUAUUUUAUUCUUUUAAUGUUUCUUGGUAGGCUUGUAAAAACUUAUGUGGAAAUGAGAAUGCUGCCCUUUUCUAGAUUUUAGUCCAAGCUUGAAUUUUGUCCAGCUGAGGAAUAAGAUUGUGGACAAGGUAUAACAUUUAUGCAAUUUGAAGAUGGGUGCUUAAUGUACUGCUGUUUGGUUUGUGUAAA